UCCCCUACUUGUGAGACAGAGUAUGAGUAUGUCAGGGGGCAGGGGGGGUUACCGAACGGCAUUGUGAUGCUUGAGGUGUCGCAGUCUGAAUAUGUCUUGGCAUCUGUUGUGAGCUACCACCCACACCAAAAAAUGUUAUUUACAUUAUCUUAAACUAUAGACGUUUGCAAGCGCCGUUCCGUCUUAGCCUCGAACCGCGCGCCGAAACGACGCGCACUCUCCAACAGGGCGUUCUCUCCCCCGUCGGCGCAGCUAGCGGGGACGUCUCUCCGCAUUUUCACUUCCCGGCAACAUUGUGCCGUUUGUUGACUUUACGCUCGUUGCUUGGCGUGGGGUCUGCGCCUUUUCGAAAGUUUCUUCCUCGGUGCGCCUUCUUUUCCGUCACUUCGUCCAUAGUGCACGAUGAAUAAUCCUACAAGGUCGUCAGGAGUGCACUGCGCUGUUUUCGGUUGUUCGAACAAUCAUCGCAAGAGGAACAAUCAGAGACAGCAAUUGUGCGCUGCUCACUUGCAAACGCCCUGCGAGUGUGGGAUAGUUAAGUUCCACCGUGUCCCCAAGGAUCCCGAACUGAAAAGAAAGUGGCUCUCCGCGCUGAACCGCAAGGACUUCAAGCCUACGGAACACACCCGGGUGUGCUCGGCGCAUUUCGUGACUGGGAAAAAGACGGGCGAGGAUAUCGUGCCGCAGCUUAACCUCGGGUAUGCGCGGAAGGUUGUCGUUCGGAGACGCCGUUUGGUGCGUGACGCAAGUGAGAAACCGCUGAUCACUAAGAAGCAAAGACUCUCCUCACAAGCUAGCUCUGGAGCUGUCACCGACUGUACGCAACCCGCCGAGCAGGUCAACGUCUCGGCCUCGACGUCACAACCAACUGCUGCUGAGCACACGGUCAUCGACUGUACGCAACCCGCCGAGCAGGUCAACGUCUCGGCCUCGACGUCACAACCAACUGCUGCUGAGCACACGGUCACCGACUGUACGCAAGCCGCCGAGCAGGUCAACGUCUCGGCCUCGACGUCGCAACCAACUGCUGCUGAGCACACGGUCAACGUCUCGGCCUCGACGUCACAACCAACUGCUGCUGAGCACACAGUCACUGACUGUACGCAAGCCGCCGAGCAGGUCAACGUCUCGGUCUCGACGUCACAACCAACUGCUGCUGAGCACACGACAACUGAUCACGGCCAAGUUCGCCCGGAUGUGUGCCACCAGGGGAUCCAGUGGGAAGACCCGUGUCUUUGCGACCAUGCCUACUCGAGGCCCACUGCUCCAACUGCGACGUUUGGUCCUCAUGGUGGUCGUAGCAUUGAGGCGCGGGACAUUUUCUUUUACACCGGUCUGCAUGCAGAUGUCUUUAUGGAGCUGGUGAAAGUUGUACCAGAGUUUGCGACCACAAACUUCAUGAUGUCAGUAGAGCAGCAAGUUUUACUAACUCUGAUGAAGUUGAGGCUGGGCCUUGUCUAUGGCGAUUUGUCUAGGAGGUUUGGGGUUUCAGUUUCCACCGUAGGCAACAUUUUCCGUGCCAUGCUUGCCACACUUGGGCGGAUCCUAAGGAAUGUUGUUGUGUGGCUCUCUCGAGAGACAAUCUUCAGGAAUGUUCCGCAGUCCUUUGAGGAGAAUGGUUUUGCAGGCACUACUUGCAUUUUGGACUGCACUGAGGUGUUCUUGCAGCGACCAAAAAAAUUGCUCGCUCGAGCACAGACCUACAGCUCAUACAAAGGCCACAACACUGUGAAGUUUUUGGUGGCUAUUGCACCUCACGGAUCAGUGAUGUUUGUGUCCAAGGUGUACGGUGGACGAGCGUCUGACAAGCAUAUUGUGAGAGACUCGGGAAUUAUUUCCUACUUUCAACACGGGGAUCAGGUGAUGGCCGACAGGGGCUUUUCCCUCGAUCCCGAAAUGGAAGCAAAGGGUGUAGUACUCAAUGUGCCAGCCUUUACUCGAGGGAAGCUUCAGCUGUCAGAACGAGAAGUGACAGAGACCAGAAGGAUUGCGUCUGUUCGCAUUCAUGUAGAACGGGCAAUAAAUAGGAUCAAAUCCUACAGGAUUCUGAAACAGGCACUGCCCAUCCAGCAUCGCAAGGUUGCAAAUGAGAUAGUCUAUGUAUGUGCAGGGCUAUGCAACCUAAAGGGACCUUUGAUCAAGAAGUGAGCUUUUUUCUUGAGAGUUCUGGAGCAGUGAGGUCUGCAUGGCAUACCAGUUCCGAGUUAUCACUUCUCUAUCCUAGAAGCAAUUGAAACUUCUACGAAACUGUAUGCAUGGAACUUUUCUUUUGUAAUUGCCACUUCUUGCAUUGCUUUUUUUGCCCCAGAGUUCCUUUAGAUUACAUUUAUCUACACUAUGUGAGUGUUUUUUAUUCAGUAUUCAUACAUUUGAAACAUACUUUAACACUACAUGCUCUCGCAUAACACAAUGGCCUUCAAACCCAAGCUACAAACACGCCCUGCAUAGACUCCAAAUGCUAUGCGCAUACGCCUUCUAGUAAAAGUGGCUAGCAAUAUUUUGUCAGAUAACCCAAGUUCAGUUCCGCAAUCUUGUCUGUUCUUAUUUUUAGUAAUGUGUUACUAUUUUUUCGGGCAUGUUCCUACCGCUACCUUACGCAGGUCCAAGAGUCAACUGUGUAUUUCUGUUGUGUAUUAACGAUUGCACAUCUGCCAAGAUUACAUAUUUUUCAUUAUCUUUUGUGAAGGUGUUGUGUGGAUAGAGCUAGAGGGCCUGUCAUAGUCACAGCAUUGUGCUUGAAACUGUUUUUUUUUUUUUU